UGGGCAGGAACCCGUGAGCCCCCACCGCCGUGUGCCGGGUUGGGUCGUGGUCGAUGCCUUCCGUUCCCGCCGCCGCAGGCCCGCGGGGCGCCGGGCCUGUGCUCAGCUCACCCCACGCCCCAGACUUCUCCACCCAGGUGAACUCCUCGUCCCUCAGCUCGCCGACGGGCCGAGGCUCCAUGGCUGCCCCCUCGCUGCACCCCUCCCUGGGCCCGGGCAUCGGUUCCUCUCUCGGCUCCCCGGGACAGCUGCACUCGCCCAUCAGCACCCUGAGCUCCCCCAUCAACGGCAUGGGCCCGCCCUUCUCCGUCAUCAGCUCCCCCAUGGGCCCCCACUCCAUGUCAGUGCCCACCACGCCUGCCCUGGGCUUCGGCACGGGCAGCCCCCAGCUCAGCUCACCCAUGAACCCCGUCAGCAGCAGCGAGGACAUCAAGCCCCCCCUCGGCCUCAAUGGUGUCCUCAAAGUCCCGGCCCACCCCUCAGGGAACAUGGCGUCCUUCACCAAGCACAUCUGUGCCAUCUGUGGGGACCGCUCCUCAGGCAAGCACUACGGGGUCUACAGCUGUGAGGGCUGCAAAGGCUUCUUCAAGCGGACGGUGCGCAAGGACCUGACCUACACCUGCCGGGACAACAAGGACUGCCUGAUCGACAAGCGGCAGCGGAACCGCUGUCAGUACUGCCGCUACCAGAAGUGCCUGGCCAUGGGCAUGAAGCGGGAAGCCGUGCAGGAGGAGAGGCAGCGGGGCAAGGACAGGAACGAGAGCGAGGUGGAGUCCACGAGCAGCGCCAACGAGGACAUGCCGGUGGAGAAGAUUCUGGAGGCGGAGCUGGCUGUCGAGCCCAAGACCGAGACGUAUGUGGACGCAAACAUGGGGCUGAACCCCAACUCGCCCAACGACCCCGUCACCAACAUCUGUCAGGCCGCGGACAAGCAGCUCUUCACGCUGGUCGAGUGGGCCAAGCGGGUCCCGCACUUCUCUGAGCUGCCCUUGGACGACCAGGUCAUCCUGCUGAGGGCAGGCUGGAACGAGCUGCUCAUUGCCUCCUUCUCCCACCGGUCCAUCACCGUGAAGGACGGGAUCCUCCUGGCCACCGGGCUGCACGUCCACCGGAACAGCGCCCACAGCGCAGGCGUGGGCGCCAUCUUUGACAGGGUGUUGACGGAGCUCGUGUCCAAGAUGCGGGACAUGCAGAUGGACAAGACGGAGCUCGGCUGCCUGCGCGCCAUCGUCCUCUUCAACCCCGACUCCAAGGGGCUCUCGAACCCGGCAGAGGUGGAGGCGCUGCGAGAGAAGGUGUACGCGUCCCUGGAGGCCUACUGCAAGCACAAGUACCCAGAGCAGCCGGGAAGGUUCGCCAAGCUGCUGCUGCGCCUGCCGGCCCUGCGCUCGAUCGGCCUCAAGUGCCUGGAACAUCUCUUCUUCUUCAAGCUCAUCGGGGACACGCCCAUCGACACCUUCCUCAUGGAGAUGCUGGAAGCCCCCCACCAAAUGACUUAGGCCCGCCAGCCCGUCCUUCGCACCCGCCCCCCGGCCUGGCCGCUCCCGCCCGGCCGCCAGCUGCUCUUCUCCGCCGAGCCCCGUUCCCUGCCCCUUCCCUGCCUGGCCUCUGCGGACAUGGGGAUGCAGCCUGCUAAGCCUCCGUGUUGCCACCUCGCUGUUCCCAGCGCUGCGCGUGCAGGAAGCCGGGUCCCAGCUUUCCUGGGGUAGCGGGGCCAGCUCUCUGGGCCGCAGGCCCACCCCUGGGUGCCCCCUGCCGGUGUGCCCCACCCAGGCUCAGGAGCAGGGGGACAAAGACUCCACCUGCCCCCCAGCAAGGCGAGGGAGGCUCUGGGGUGAGCCAGCUUCCCUCGACGUGAAGGGUGAGCGGCCCCUUUUCCAAAGAUGACUUGCCGUGUCACCCCCAAGCCGAGCAGGACAGGAGCUGCUCCAGCAGGGUUCCAGGGCCCUCUCAAGGCUUCAGGGCUUGGGGUCACCCGCCUCCCCGCCGACCUUUCUCUUCAAGUCACCGCUUCAGCUUCUCCCCCUGCAUCGCCGUACGCAAGCUGGGGCGAGCAGACCCUGUGUGCAGCCCGGCCUCAGUUCUGUCCAUGGGUUUAGUCUGGGCAGAGGGGCAGGCCAGCCCCCGUCUCUGCAGGAUGAGCCCACUAACCGGCCUUCCCCAAGUCCAGGGCCAUGCUGACCUGUCGAGGGCAGAGGUUGGAGGCAGGAGGGUGCUUUGUCCAGGGGGGUCUUCAGGCAGUUGGAGGGAGCCAGGGGCCCCCCGGGGCACGUGGAGCCAGAAGGCCUCCUGGGCAGGGAAGGCCAGUGGG